AUGGCUGGAAAAAUCGACCGUGCGACGACUAAUAUGUUGAAAGUAAUGGCUAAUGUGAUAGCACAAACGAAUGAAGUGUUGCAGGAGAACCAAAAUCAGAAUGCUGGUGAUGAUGAAUUAUAUGGGCUGGGAAAGAUCAGAGGAACAAUCCGCCUACUUUUAAAGGAAGAUAUGACCCAGAGGGUGCUCAAAGUUGGUUGCAGGAGAUUGAGAAAAUCUUUCAAGUUAUGGGUUGCACAGUUGAGUAAAAAGUGUGGUUUUGCAACAUAUAUGCUAUUUGAGAAGGUUGAGUAUUGGUGGGAUAAUAUCCGUCAGAGGUUGGGGACUGCAUGUACUGAGAUCACAAGUGAGAACUUCAAAAAAGAGUUUUUAGAGAAUUAUUUUUCGACUAAUGUUUGCAAUAACGAAGAGAUUGAGUUCCUUGAGGUGAAGAAAGGAAAUAUGAUUUUUGCUGAUUAUUUAGCGAAGUUUGAAGAGUUGGUGAGAUUUAGUGUCCACUAUAAUGGUGUGGAAGCUAAAGGAUCAAAAUGCAUAAAGUAUGAGAGUGGCUUACAUCUUGAAAGCAAGAUUCGUUGGUAUCAAGAGAUUCUCCGAUUCUCAAUGUUGGUCAAUAAGUGUAGAAUCUAUGAUGAGGACAACACGACCAAAUCUGCUUAUUACAAGAGUUAUAGUCAUCACGCUGCUGAGUGGAAAAGCCCAUGCUUGAAGUGUUUCAAGUAUGGGAAGCAAGGUCAUCGUUCUACUAAGUGCAAGAGUAAUGUUCCGACUUGCUACAACUGUAGGGAACCGAGUCAUAUUAGUACCCAAUGUCAGAAACAAAGGAAUGUGCCAGUUGGCACGCAAGCUCAUGGUAGAGUGUUUGCUCUGAGUGGUGUGGAUGUAUCAAUAUCAGCUAAUUUGAUUCGAGGUACACGAUUUAUUAACAGUGAUUCUCUAAUUGCUCUUAUUGAUACCGGUGCAACAUAUUCGUUUAUUUCUCUUGGUUGUGUCGACAAGUUUAGUCUUAAAGUAUCUUCUAUGAUUGGAAGUAUGGUUAUUGAUACCCCACUAAUGGUUCAGUGA